AUGCCUUUCACCUGCUCCGACAUCAUCAAGAUCGUCCUCGCGAUCAUCCUCCCACCUCUCGGUGUCUUCCUUGAGCGUGGUUGCAACGCCGACUUCCUCAUCAACAUCCUUCUUACCAGCGCCUCCGGGGCGUUCUGGGACUUCAAAUCCGUCGAGAGAAGGUGGAAAUUCGAGCUAGGAGGCGAGAUAUGGUUUUAA